AUGAGUCCAUUGAUCUGUGAUGGACGGAUGACGCACUUCCUUUUACCUUUGCUCCUCCUCUUGCGAGCACCCUUGUUGUUGAGCUUUGGUGAGCGCACCUGCCCCAACAACUGCCGCUGUGAGGGAAAAACGGUUCAUUGUGACUCAUCAGGAUUUCUAGAUGUCCCAGAAAACAUCUCCGUAGGCUGCCAGGGCCUCUCUCUGCGCUACAAUGAACUGCAUACCCUACUACCUUAUCAGUUUGCUCAUCUCAGCCAGCUCCUCUGGAUAUACUUGGACCAUAAUCAGAUAUCAGCUGUUGACAGUCGAGCAUUUCAGGGAGUCCGCAGAUUAAAGGAGCUAAUACUUAGCUCUAACAGGAUAACAUCUCUGCAUAAUUCAACAUUCCACGGCAUUCCCAAUCUCCGCAGUCUGGACUUGUCGUAUAAUAAACUGGAAAUUCUACAGCCGGGUCAAUUCCAUGGCUUGCGAAAAUUACAGAACCUUCACCUGCGCUCCAAUGGACUUUCAAACAUUCCAAUCAGAGCAUUUUUAGAAUGCCGAAGUUUAGAGUUCCUGGAUUUGGGGUACAAUCGAAUCAAAGCUCUUACCCGUACCACCUUCUUGGGAUUACAGAAGCUGAUGGAGCUGCAUUUGGAGCACAACCAGUUCUCAAGAAUCAACUUUUUUCUGUUUCCACGCUUGGCCAAUCUGAGAUCCCUUUAUCUGCAGUGGAAUCGCAUUAGAGUGGUGAACCAGGGCCUGCCAUGGACUUGGUAUACACUUCAAAAACUGGAUCUGUCUGGAAAUGAAAUCCAAACACUUGACCCAGCCGUGUUUCACUGUUUACCAAACCUUCAAGUUUUGAACCUGGAAUCCAACAAGUUGUCCAACGUGUCUCAGGAGGCAGUUUCGGCAUGGAUCUCCCUCACCUCAAUAAGCCUUGCUGGCAACAUGUGGGAUUGUGGAAUGGGAAUUUGCCCCCUCGUAGCUUGGUUGAGAAAUUUCCGAGGAACCAAGGACACCACUAUGAUUUGCAGCAGCCCAAAGCAUCUCCAAGGAGAAAAGAUUAUGGAAGUCACUCGGAACCAUGGUAUUUGUGAAGAAAAUGAUUACUUUAUGACAGAAACACCAUCUCCAAUGUCAGAGCUGAUUUCUGAAGCAACUGCUGAACCAACCUAUGCUCCUACAAGUGGUUCUCCAACUUCUCUCCCACCUAGGCAUAUGAGUAAAGACAGCAGAAACACAGUGGUUCACGCUCGACCCACGCACAUAUCGCCCCCAGUGAUAGAGCACAUGACUCUGCACAAAGUAGUGGUGGGCAGUGUGGCACUUUUCUUCACCAUGUCACUAAUCUUAACAAUUAUUUAUGUGCUGUGGCGGCGUUACCCAGGCGCGACCCGGUUGUUGCAGCAGCGAUCAAUGGUGGGACGGAGGCGUCGCAAAAAGAGCCCAGAGCCAGAGCAAAACCUCAGCUCCCAACUUCAAGAGUAUUACAUGAGCUACAACCCUGCUGCCACACCAGAGGCACUGGAGGUGCUAGGCAAUGGCACUGGCUCCUGCACUUGCACAAUUUCUGGCUCCAGGGAGUGUGAGAAUGAGUACACCUGCCCGCGCCCGCUACCUGGAGCCUGGUUAGAUGUGCCUACAAUCCAUUAAUUCUCCGAAAGAACUUCCUCUGCAAGGCUGCCACAAAUCAAAGAGACAUAAACUAACCUGGAUCUUGUCAUUCCAAUUCAAGAAGAUAUUUAAACGACAAUGGA